CUAAAAGCCCAUCUAAACCGAAACUCUAUUUGCCGACUAUAAAACCCUAGCAAACAGGGUCACGUAUACAAUUUUACCCUAGGUUGGUUGCGAACAGAGCGAGGAAAGAUGCAGAUUUUCGUGAAGACACUGACCGGCAAGACCAUAACUCUCGAGGUAGAGAGCAGCGACACCAUUGACAAUGUCAAGGCUAAGAUCCAGGACAAGGAAGGGAUUCCACCGGAUCAGCAGAGGUUGAUUUUUGCUGGAAAGCAACUCGAAGAUGGUCGUACUUUGGCUGACUACAAUAUUCAGAAAGAGUCGACUCUGCACCUUGUGCUGAGGCUUCGUGGGGGGAUCAUUGAGCCUUCUUUGAUGGCUCUGGCUAGGAAAUACAAUCAAGAAAAAAUGAUCUGCCGCAACAGGUGUUAUGCUCGUCUGCAUCCUCGUGCUGUGAACUGCAGGAAAAAGAAGUGCGGUCACAGCAACCAGUUGAGGCCCAAGAAGAAAUCCAAGUGAAUAAUGGUAUGGCUAUCUAGAGUUCCAUCAAAGAGGAUCUUGGUGUUGAGUGUUUUCCCUGUGUUUUGUUCUUUAUGUUCAAUUAAACAUGUGGAUUUGGAGUUGAACAAUGAAUAGCACCUUAUUUUGGUAGAUUACUAUGGCAUCAAAUUUGAUAGCAUUGUUUUUGUUUUAUGUUCAAUUAGACAUGCGGAUUUGGAGUUUAACAACGAAUAGAGCUUCGUAUUUGUCGUGCGCCGAA